AUGCUUACAAAAGGAGGAGAUUAUUCAGAAUACUCAGAAUUGUAUACACAAAAUGUUGAGAAAUCUACUGGAGACGAUAUAUGUGAAACUGUAAGGAAACAUGUGAGAGAAUAUCUUGAAAAAGAAAGUAGAAUAAACUUUUACUUUUUUGAAAAGAAUAGCUGCCUGAUUAAUAAUAAAUUUGUAGAUCUUCAGGUCCAAUUGAACUCACAGCUUUGUCCAAAAAUUAAACUUUGGAAAGAAAUUAAAGAAAUGAACUUUCAGGAAUUUAUAAAAUCUGAAAAUGAACCACUUCAAAACUUGUUUGCAAUAAAAAUCUACUCAAAGCCCCAACUCAUACGGAGAAACAUUGUUUACUCCACAAAUGGGAAAAUCAGGACCCAAAUGCAUCGCGUAAUUAACGAGAUCAAGAUCCUACAAUUCCUUGCAGAAACCAACCCUUCUGACUACUAUAUUAUUAAAUUACAUAAAGUUCUUGAAUCUUCUCCUUCCGCCCUAUCCUCUGGGAAGCUUUAUCUCAUCUUUGACUUCUUUUUAAAUGGACCCACGAUGGCGCCUGACCCAGUGUAUAAGCCAGGACCUGCAUUAAAGAGGAUGGAGGGGAAUGUAAAGAGAAUGGCUUACUGUGUCGGAGUAGCUCUCUCUAGACUUCAUGAGCUUGGAAUUGCUCAUAGAGAUGUAAAACCUGACAACAUCCUGCUUGCAAAUACUGGAGAUGUGUUUUUAAAUGAUUUUAAUUCGGCAGAAUUCUUAAUUCAAGGCAAAUACGUUCAAGGUACCGAGGGAACAUAUGCAUUUUUCCCUCCUGAAUACUGUAAUAUAAGCAGCAACUUUGAUAAGACUGCUAAUGAAAAAGAUGGAACUUCUGAAGCCAACGAACUGGAAGGUGUCCAGUCUACUCUCCAAUUGGGGUGCCCAGCUGACAUGUGGGCUCUUGGAGUUACGAUUUGGUGUUGGUUCUAUGGUACUUUACCUUUUCAAGGAGAAAGUAUUUUGGAACUUUUUGAUAACAUUACAAAAUGUAAGAUUGAGUUUCCUAAGCAUCCUACUUUAUCACAGCAAUGUAUUCAUGCUCUUACACAUCUUUUAGACCCAGACCCAAAUUCUCGUUGGACUGCCCAACAGUUCCUUGGGUCAGAUUGGUUCUCUGCAAAUUGA